GCUUCUGUGUCUUCAUUUGUCAUGUUGGAAAGCAAUUAGCAGUGAUGGAAAAUGAUAAAUCACGGUAUGAAACGUGAGUGUUGCUGUGGAGAAGGGCGUUGCUGUUGGCUGAUGUUAUUCUUCUCUGAAUAAAUUAAGUUCAGAAAAGCAGAGAGGAUUAGCUGUGUUGCAACCCAGAACCACAAACCAUGUCAGGUGUGUUCAGACCAAACUUUACAGUCUAGACAUUAUCAAUCCUUUCCCUUUGUUUCUCCUCCCUCCUCUUCACCCCUUCACUACCUCCUUCACCUUCUUCAUCUCAAGCCUUCUUCAGUCAGUCUGCAUUCUGUCCUCCUUCAGCACUUUUGUUUUACUUUCUCCUUUUCUUCAGCUUUUCUUGUUUUUCCCCAUUGUUCUCCAUCUGCUGUAUGUCUUCAUCCAUCGUCAUGUCCUGCAUAUCGAGAGUAUUUUUGGUCCUCUUGCUCAGGGUUCAGAGCCUGGACUUGACUCAUGCUCGGUCCUUCUCCUCUCCGCUGCCUUUCGAGCUCCCAGAGAUUGAUGGCUCUCCUGUGGACACAUGCAGGAUUUUCUUUGUCCCCUCACCUGACACAACCACAACCACCACGGCCACAGCUACAACAGCUACUACAACAACAACAGCAGCACCGACCACAACCACAACCAGAGCCAUCACCAACAAGCUGCUGGAGGCCACAACCAAAAAGCCAGCUGUGCAAUCACAACAGAAGAACCCAGAAACCAAAAACACCGGAACACCAAUCAGGCCACAGCCAGCUCCAACAAGACCAAUCACUGACAGCCACUCCAACCUCCUCUACUACCUCUUGGCCAACAGCAGACGACGUGGUUCACUCCCAGGGUUCAACAGUUUUGUCUCUCAGCCAAUGGGAGGGCAGCCUCAGGGAGGCGGCAGUACAUCAGAGAGCGAUGAAUUGGUGAAGAGAGUUGGUAGGAAGGACGAGAAAAGAUGGAAAGUAGGUUCUUCAGAGGACUCGAGUGAUGAGUCAUAAAAUUAGACCCUGACAUGCUGAGCUUGAUGGCACGUUUAAAUUUGACAGUAAAGUAGUUAUGCAUCAGAGGCCAAAUGUUGUCACAACCUGCAUGACUGCUGUAAUCAGUUAAUAAUUCAUCUUGAAAUGUGUUUAUGGCUGCCAUAAAGCAACAAAACACAAUCUGUCUUUUCCAUUAUUAUUAUUAUCAUUAUUUAUAUAGGACACACACAGGACAAACGCAGUAAAUAAAUAUUUUAAAUGUAUUCACAUAUUAAUGACCUGUUUGCUGAGUUUAAAGGUGUGACUUAAUAAAAUAGCUCUUGGU